UGAGAACCACAGUUCAGCAGACAUGAAGAGUACACUGGACAUCUGACACAGAGCCCGGAGAAAUAGUGCUCCAAAGAUAACAACGAGGUCUGAAGGAUGUCAUUUUGCUGGCUCCUUGCACUGCUGCUGGGUUCGGUUGAGUUAUACAGAGCCCGUGAAUGUGAUGUUUUUACUGAUCUGAACCUCCAUCACUCGAUCAUUGGGACCGAUCUGUAUGUGAAGCUGUUGCUGUAUACCAGAGCUAGUGUCACCUGUGGCCAGGAGCUUUCCCACCACAACCUAUCAGCCCAUCCCCAGUUCAACAUCACCAAGCCCACCACUUUUAUCAUCCAUGGCUACCGUCCCACAGGCUCUCCACCAAACUGGAUCAAAAACCUCACACAGGAGCUACUGGUCCGCAGAGACAUGAAUGUUCUGGUGGUGGACUGGAAUCGUGGAGCGACCACUAUCUAUUACCCAAAAGCUGUGUCUAACACCCGCGAUGUAGCUGACAACUUGACUGCUUUAAUUGAAAACAUGGAGAGGAAUGGUGGCUCUCUCAGUUCCAUUCAUAUGAUUGGGAUCAGUCUUGGAGCUCACAUUUCGGGCUUUGUUGGAGCCAAAUUCAGUGGCAAAAUUGGAAGGAUCACAGCUUUAGACCCUGCUGGGCCUAUGUUCACUGGGAAAUCCUCGGAAGAACGCCUGGACCCAACAGAUGCACAGUUUGUGGAUGCCAUACAUACAGACAUAGACGCAUGGGGAUUCAGGAAGCCUGUGGGCCACAUUGAUUUCUAUCCUAAUGGUGGAGCUGACCAGCCUGGCUGCCCAAAGACCAUCCUUGGCGGGUCUCAGUAUUUUAAAUGUGAACACCAGAGAGCAGUGUAUCUGUAUCUGGACUCUAUGAAACGGACUUGUACCAGCCGAGCCUUUCCCUGCUCCUCCUACAACGACUUUCUAGGUGGACGCUGCUUGGACUGUAAUACAUAUGGGCCUAUCGGAUGCCCUGUCUUUGGUUAUGAAAUCAUUCAGUGGAAGAAAUAUCUGGUUCCUGAAACCAUGGCUUACUUCACCACUAACAAAAAGUCUCCAUUCUGCAAGACCAACUACAAGUUGGACAUUGUGAUAUGGAACCAUGAUACUCUUCGAGGCUACAUAACCAUCAGCCUACACAAUGGUAGUGAGGUGACAAAUGCAACAACAAACCACAAAGCUAAUACAUUUCAGAAGUACAAAGAGAACAGUUUACUGGUCCAGUUUGAUAAAGACCUUCAGAAUGUCCAGAAGAUCUCCAUAAAAUUCUCCAAGGGAAAUACGUUGCACUUUAAGUACAAACUUCGAGUGCUUCGCCUCCGUCUCACACACCUGGAGCGCAAAGACAGUCCUUUGUGUCGCUAUGACAUCCUCCUGGAGGACAACAAGGAGGUGACAUUCAGACCCAUACCCUGUGAGGAGUCCAACUUCUGAGAUUAGCAGAUAUGUACGGUCAGCAGCCAUGGGAUGACUGUCUGCUUAAAUGGAGGAUGACUGUGACAGCCAUGGGAUGACUGUUUAAAUGGUGUGAAGGAUGACCUUGGGACCUACACAAAACAACUCGUGCGUAUAAGUCCUUGCCUUGAGUAGCUUAAGCUUUAUGAAUAUUUUGGGGAUAAUUCCUACUCUUUAAAAUUGUAAUAAGACUCUGACAUGACAAAAUGAUGCCCUAUUUGUAUAACAGUUGAUCGAAAAGGAUUUUUACCCUGUUCAGAUUUUACCCUGUUUGCAUUGGAAAGAUUUUACCCUGUUUGCAUUUCAUUUUUUUAAGAGCACAGCUUGACGUUACCAGGCUAAUUUAAUUAUAGUAGACUAAAGCCUUUUCAGCUGGAUCAGCCAAUCAUGUUUGUGUACAAAAAAUAUUUAAAUUAGUUUCCUAACACCCACACUAACAAACUGACAUGAUGAAAUUGGGAUAAAAAUAUACUUACGUAUAACUCUAUUCACAUUCAUUCAACAAAGUGAUGAUUUGAAAAAUAGAAUAAAAAUAACUGCAUGGGGACUAGUCCUAGCAAGAGUUCUGAGCAUUGUAAGUAAAUAUUCAUGUUUUUUUACAAAAUAUUUUAUUAAGAGAAUCUAUGGCCUAAGACUGUCUUGUUGUAUGUGUACUGUUUUGUGUGAACUGUAUGUGGCAGAACCAUACAUCUUGAUGUAAAUGGAAUGUGUUAUUAUGUAAAUAAAUAUGAAAAUUUUUGUAAAUAUAC